CUGAGACCUGGUGUCCAGCCACUCCGGCCCUUGCCCUUUGACCCUGCUCUCGCGGCCGGGUGAGAGGUCGGUGGCCAUCUUGUGGCGGCGGCGCGGGCGGCUGUUACUGCGGAGACCCAUCCCCCUCCCCCCUUGCCCGCCUGGCUGUCUGUCAGUCAGUAAAGAGUCCCGCAGGCGGUCCGGUGAGGCCCCGGCCUCGUGCCGUCGCUCUUCCCGCCGCACUGGGCGGCCCAGGCCGCUCCCUGCCGGGCCUCACCGCCACCACCAUGUCCUCCUUCUCGGAAUCGGCGCUGGAGAAGAAGCUCUCGGAGCUGAGCAACUCUCAGCAGAGCGUGCAGACCCUGUCCCUGUGGCUCAUCCACCACCGCAAGCACGCGGGACCCAUCGUCUCAGUGUGGCACCGCGAGCUCCGCAAAGCCAAAUCAAAUAGAAAGCUUACUUUUCUGUACUUAGCAAAUGAUGUCAUCCAAAACAGUAAAAGGAAAGGACCUGAAUUCACUAGAGAAUUUGAAUCUGUCCUUGUGGAUGCUUUUUCUCAUGUUGCCAGAGAGGCAGAUGAAGGCUGUAAAAAACCUUUAGAAAGAUUGCUGAACAUCUGGCAAGAAAGAAGUGUGUAUGGCGGCGAGUUCAUACAGCAGCUGAAGCUGUCUAUGGAGGACUCCAAGAGCCCUCCCCCCAAAGCAACAGAGGAGAAGAAAUCUCUGAAGCGAACUUUUCAGCAGAUCCAAGAGGAGGAGGAUGACGACUACCCUGGAAGCUACUCUCCCCAAGAUCCUUCUGCAGGACCCCUUUUGACUGAAGAACUAAUCAAAGCAUUGCAGGACCUGGAAAAUGCCGCAUCAGGGGAUGCUACUGUCCGACAAAAAAUUGCUUCUUUGCCCCAGGAAGUGCAAGAUGUUUCUUUAUUGGAAAAAAUAACAGACAAAGAGGCAGCUGAACGUCUUUCAAAAACAGUAGAUGAAGCAUGUCUGUUACUAGCAGAAUAUAACGGGCGCCUGGCGGCAGAACUGGAAGACCGACGCCAGCUGGCUCGGAUGUUGGUGGAGUACACCCAGAACCAGAAAGAUGUUUUGUCAGAAAAGGAGAAAAAACUAGAAGAAUAUAAACAGAAGCUUGCUCGGGUAACCCAGGUCCGCAAGGAACUGAAGUCCCAUAUUCAGAGCUUGCCAGACCUCUCAUUGCUGCCCAACGUCACAGGGGGCUUGGCCCCCCUACCCUCUGCUGGUGACCUGUUUUCUACUGACUAGGGCAGGUGUCAUGCCCCAGAGUCCCAUCUCUACCAGCAGAAAGAAGAGGGCAGUUCAUGGUUGGAAAUAACCUUGUAGCCCCUGGUCUAGCCCUCCUUCCACCUGGCCCCCAGCCUCCAUAGAGAGCCACAGACUCUGAUUCUCCUCUCCAGCCUCUCUUGUUGAGCACAAUUCAGAACAGUGGCGAGUGGAAUCCAGUUUAGAUUGAUAUUUGGAAAGAAUAUAAACUCUCCCACUUUGUGUUUUUAUGCCCCUGUUGGUUUUUUAUUCUUAGCUUUCUCUUGAUACCCAAGAAGUUAUGAAAAUCAUGUGUACUUCUGGAAGCUUUCAGAAGAAUCUUGUCCUUGAUGAUAACAUUGUGUCAUGAAAACAGCUUCUGUCUGAGCUGGGCUCAUUCACGUCAGUACAGGCUUCCACUGAGGGACUCACCUGGAGUCAUCGGCUCUCCUGACUCCAUCAACCCCGAAGGGAGGCACCGCUGGCAAGUAGCUUUGCCAUAAGGAGUUUGCCAAAUCUCUGAUUCUCCCUUACCAUUACGUCUAGCCGUGUGCUGUCAAGGGCCAGGUGAAUUUGUUUUGUAAGCAGACUAGGGAAUCUAGCAAGAAGAUUCAAAGCUGAUCUGGGACAUAAAAUCAUAGUUCAGAGACAGAGCGACAGGAAUUAUAAGGAUGAGUUAAGAAUGAGUAAUUUGCUUCAGGUUUCUACAAACAGCCUUUCCAAGCUGCCCUUAUGAAGGGUCCACCCGGUAUCAUAGAGCAAGAGCACGUUCCUAAAAACAAGCUUUUGACCCCAGUUGGAUGUGAAGGUGCUUGUUAGAAAUGGCAGUGGUGGGCCCCAAAAGCUAAAGGCGUACUGAGCAUGUAGGCUCGGUGUGGGUGUUGCUUUAACCCUUCCCUUUGGGGAGUAGGGCACACACUAACAAUUCACUGUGUGGGCGGAUGUCCUCAGGAUGGUGACUAAACUUGAAUAUCUCCCUUGCAAAUAUGACACUGUACAUGUUCAUCUGUCUGUCAGUUCACGCCAUUGCACGUGUCCCUGUGCCCAGAAGUACUUUGCAUCACAUGUUACUGAACAGCUCAUCUCGGGCAGGGGAAGGGGGAAAGUCGGGUAUAUUAAUUUUGGGUUUUAAUUCUGUUAUCAUGUCAGCAGACAUUACUAAUAUAUAAUGUAGUUAGAGAGGAUUUUUACCUUGAUUUUAGUAAAGGUUAGGCCUGCUACCUAUAAAUCAUUCUAAUUUGGCAGGCUUAUUAUUGACAUUAGAAAGGGCAGAACAAUUUGCCCCAAUAGUGUAAUAGAAAUUAUAGCCCAGAGGCUGAAAUCCCAAAGCUAUAAAAGGGGAUCCAGUGGAGGGGGCUUCAGGUUCUCCAUUAUUUUGAGGAUACCAAAAAGCCAAUUACAUGUAAUUUUACAUGUUAAACAUGUUAAAACAUAACCUGUGUUUUAAAAAGUGUAGCAGGCUUCCCUUGAAGGAGUCCUCCUACCUGCCAGAAUUGAGAACAAGGAAAAGUCAUAGCAGGUGUUCAGUUGAACUCUAUGUAGAACCUAGUAGCAUUUAAGCUAUUUUCCGAUUUGAAUAUGGACUGUGUGUUGUUUCUUAUUGACACUGCCUGUUGUCCUGUCAUUACUAAAUUAAUGAGUCUAUAUCUCAAGUUUUCCUCCCAGAGGCCAUAGGGCAGUGGGUAACUUUACUAAAUUGCAAGAUGAAUUCCAGUCUUUGCUGUUUCUGCACACAGGCCCCUCCCCGUGCAGUGUGCUGCUUUCGUCCUACUUAGAGCGUGUUUCUGAACAGACCCCUGGGCAUUCUGGAUGCUUUCACCAAGGAAGCAAGCAGACAUUGCUCUGAUCAGCUAGAUGAAAUGUAACAGAAUGAAUCUUGCCCACUGUGAUGUUUUAUCUGAUUGAGUCUAACCAGCAAUUGGUGCAUAAUUAUUACAGCAAGAGCAAGAAAUGAAACUAGCAAUUAUGUAAAAUGAAUGUGUUGGCCUCUAACACCUGUUACUACUAGUAGACUUCCUGUGAGGAAGUUAGUUUGGGGUUUUGUUUGUUUGUUUGUUUUUAAUGAAAUGCUUUUGUUUUUUAAAUCUAAUUCUCCCAUAUCCUCCCCAAGUGUGCUUUACUUCAUUUGUUUAAUUUAAGGAUCUGGCGGGGUGGGGUGGGUGGUUUUUGUUUUGUGUUUUUUCUUCCUAGGGCACCCAUCGACCUCAAAGGACCUUUCCUUUAGGUCAUAUUCCUCCAAAAGUCUUUGUUCUUCCCCCUUUUUUCUUAAAGAAUAUUUUUAAAGCUUAAAUUUGUAUAUUAAUUUAGGACUUUAUUUAGAAGUAUAGGCUGUCUUUGGUGGCAGCAGU